GUCCAGUAUGGCUUUUAAUGUUUGGGUUACCCUAUCACGCCACGUUUCGUUGUUUAUAAAGCGAAACCAAAUAAACAGCCAGACAACUAAAGCUAUGAGCUCUGUGUCAAAUCACAACGAGGUGAAUGUACGUGAAUUAUGGCGCACAGCAGAUGCUGUUUGUUUUGACGUAGACUCCACAGUUUGCAAGGAUGAAGGCUUGGAUGAACUGGCAGAAUUCUGUGGUGCUGGAGCAGAAGUGAGAGAAUGGACAAACAAGGCAAUGGGAGGUGAUGUCACAUUUAGAGAAGCACUAACGCAAAGGCUAAACAUUGUAAAGCCAAGCCAGCAGCAGCUGGAAGCUUUUAUCACAUCACGACCACCACAGUUAACUGACGGCAUUAAAGAUCUUGUUUCUCUGCUCCAUUCAAAAAAUGUUCCAGUGUUUUUGGUCUCAGGCGGUUUUCGAAACAUCAUAGAACCAGCAGCAAAAAUCCUGAACAUUCCUUUGGAAAAUGUAUAUGCAAAUAAACUUCUUUUUAAGGAUGGUUUGUAUGACGGGUUUGACCCUAAGGAGCCAACAUCCGAUUCUGGAGGGAAACAGAAAGUUGCAGAACUGCUCAAGCAAACAUAUGGCUUUAAAUGUCUCAUCAUGAUUGGUGAUGGUGCCACUGAUAUGGAGGCAGCUCCCCCUGCUGAUGCAUUUAUAGGAUUUGGUGGGAAUGUUGUCAGAGAAAAGGUGAAGAAGAAUGCCAAGUGGUUUGUGACAGACUUCAAAGAACUGAUCAAACCAUUGCAAGAGCCACAAAAGAAUGAUCUUUUAUGAUGGUGGCCUCAGGUUUAUGCAUACAAAUUGUCUCUCUUUUUUUUAAAUAGCUUUUUAAGUAUUUUACUGGAGAUAUAUUUUGUUCUACUUGUGUGGUUAUGCAAGAUCUCCAUCAAAAAGCUAACUUUCAGUUUUAUCAUGGAAGUUCUGAGAUGAACAUGAUCAAAUGAUGAACAUGAUGGGUGUCAGAAACACUGAAUGAAUAACAUAAAUAUAAAUAUUUUUACAUGUGAGUGGAACAGGACAGAUGAAGGAAAUUCAGGGAAUUUUUUAAAUUAUAAGAUCUGAUUAGUAAAUGUUGUGAGUAGCAGGACAAGAUUCUCUUGCCAAUGAUUGAUAUUCAUGUUUUUAUCAGAACAACAUUCCUAUAUUUUUUGGAUGUUUUUGUAUGUUUUCAAUAGGAAUUUCUAUUUUCUUUUCUUGUUUGUCAGAUGUGAAUUAUUUAAUAAAAUUAAACUUGUCUAAAAGUAAAUGGUGACAUGUUUACUGCACAUCAUGCUAAGAAUAAUACACAAAGAGACAAAUAAAAAUCUCCUUUGUC